CUCGGGUCACUGUUUAAUUUGAAAAUUUAGAGAAAUCCACAACAAAAUGAAAUUUUACGUUUUUUGAAACAACAGCGGUCACUGUCAAGAACUGUCAAAAUCCAAAAUUAAGGAUUCAAAAUGUCAAAAGCACAUGUUGAUGUUUUCUCUGCUCGUGCUCUGAGUUAAUAUAUCUAUUAUCGGUGUUAUACACAAAUUAUAAAGCGCUAUUUCUGUAUGUGAUUGAGAGGUUAAUUUAAUUUAAAAUCCUUAAAAUGGCCAACAAAGAUUGGUCUAAAGUUCAGCCCCCAUUAUCCAAGCCAGUGUUGAACUGUAUUAAUAAACAUGGUUUUAAAACUAUGACUCCGAUUCAAGCAGCCGUAAUUCCUCUAUUAUUGUCCUGCAAAGAUGUUGUGGCUGAAGCGGUGACUGGAUCGGGAAAAACUCUCGCAUUUGUCGUCCCGAUGCUGGAAAUGCUCUUGAAAAAGAAGAAAGAUGGACCUUUGAGAAAGGAUUUCGUUUACGUAGUCAUAAUUUCGCCUACAAGGGAACUGGCUACGCAAAUAUUUAAAGUAAUAGAAGAUUUCUUACAAGAACCAGAAUUAGCCAGUACUACCUUGGCCCUACUAGUCGGUGGUCGUCCCAUAGAGGUUGAUGCGAUUGCCUUACAGAAAGGUGCUGAUAUAGCUGUAUGCACUCCGGGUAGACUAGAAGACUUGUUGUCUGAAAGGAAACAGUUGAAUCUUGCCGGAAGACUGAAAGAGUUGGAACUCUUAGUUCUGGAUGAAGCCGACCGUCUACUAGACCUUGGCUUCUCGGGCACACUCACAACCAUCCUACAAUAUUUACCGAGACAACGUCGUACUGGUCUCUUUUCGGCAACACAAACCAAAGAACUGCAGGACUUAGUAAGAGCUGGUCUUCGGAAUCCUGUUGUUGUGAGCGUGAAAGAAAAGUCAACAAUCAGUACUCCCUUGCUGUUGGAGACUUAUUACGUAAUUGUUGAAGCUCAGGAUAAAUUUUUGUUCCUUUUGAACUUUAUCAGAAAUAGAAAGAUAGCUAAAGGUUUAUUUUUUCUACCAACGUGUGCAUGUGUGGAUUACUGGACGGAUGUGCUACCCGUAUUCCUGCCUGACAUUAAAAUAUUUGGAUUACACGGCAAAAUGAAGCAGAAACGACACAAAAUAUUAGAGAAGUUCCGGCAGGCUGAUAACACUAUCUUGCUUUGUACAGAUUUGUUGGCCAGGGGCCUGGACAUUCCAGAGGUGGAGUGGGUGUUGCAGUGGGAGCCCCCAUGUCAACCAUCCGCUCUCGUGCACCGCGCGGGCAGAGCAGCGAGGGGUGGAGCCCGGGGCUGUGCCCUGCUGCCGCUGCUUACCACAGAGGACGCUUACGUGCCCUUCAUAAAGACUAAUCAAAUGGUCGAGUUGAAAGACUGGAGGGAAUCUGACGAUCAAAUCAAAAUUACAGACAAGUUAAGGGAAAGGGUGCUCGGCAUCCUCCACGAGCAGCAGAAGAAAGACCGCGCCAUUUUCGACAAAGGGCAGCGAGCGUUCGUCUCCCACAUGCGAGCCUACACCAAACACGAAUGCAACCUGCUGCUCCAGUUCAAGGAGCUUCCUCUGGGGCACAUCGCCACCAGCUACGGGCUCCUCAAACUGCCUCUCAUGCCAGAGAUCAAACCGGAGCACAAGCAGCAGUUUGUCGGCCCUAAAGAGGAGAUAGACUUUAACACAAUACAGUACAGGGAUAAGCAGAAGGAGACGAGUCGCCUGCAGAAGUUGGAAGAGUAUAAGAAGAGCGGGGUUUGGCCGUCGAAGAAAAAAAAGAAAAUGGUCCAAACACUCCCGUGGGAACAAGCGAAACAGAACAAAGAAGAAAGGAAAGAGAAAAGGAAGAAACGUAAAGAGUUGAAACAGAAGAAUCCAGAACUUAAGAAAGGAAAGAAGAGGAAAGUGAUAACGCAAGAGGAACUGGACGCGCUGGCCGCCGACGUCGCGCUCAUAAAGAAGUUAAAGAAACGUAAAAUAACACAGGAUCAGUUCGAUAGAGAGUUUGAAGCUGAUUAAUAAUUUUUUAAAAGCU